AUGAUCACCGAAACAGUGGAACAACCGCAGGAAGAAAUCUCUCAGCCACCGUCGUCGUUUUCUUCACUUCCGAACGACAUCACAGAGAACAUUCUUGCACGUGUCUCGAGAUGGAAAUAUCCGUUGCUUUCUCUCGUCUCAAAGAGUUUCCGGUCGCUCGUUUCUUCCAUGCAAAUCUAUAAGACUCGAUCUCAAAUCGGAUCCCAAGAAAGAUGCUUCUAUCUCUGCUUAGAGUUGAUCAACCACCCAUAUCCAAGCUGGUUUAGUCUUUGGACGAAGCCAAAUCAAACCCUAACCAAUGAGGAAGGGACGACGACUGGGUUCAACAAGGAUUCAUGUGGAAACUCGGUUGUUCCGAUACAUUUCGCUUCUUCCCAUUCUCCUCACAUAAUAAAUCGGUCCAUCUUAAGGGUUGGUUCAGAAAUCUACAUAAUCGGUGGAACCCGCGAGGAGCCGUCUGUUUCUGUUCGAAUCCUUGACUGUCGGAGUCAUACUUGGCAUGACGCCCCUAGCAUGAUCGUGGCUCGGGAGAAUGCACUUGCGGACUUCAUGGAUGAGAAAAUAUAUGUGGUUGGAGGUUGCGAUAUUGACGAGUACUCUGCCAAUUGGGUGGAGUUGUUUGACAUGAAGACUCAGUCUUGGACAGCCCUUCCUGGUCCUGGCGCUGAUGAAGCCGAGUUACGCAAUCUCUUACGUGGAGGUUGCAACUACUGUAAAAUUGCUGCGUCUGAAGGAAAGCUUUACAUAUCUGUAGAUGAAAAGGAGUACGCUUACGAGCCGGAAGAUGGUACGUGGAAACGUGUAAACGAGAAAUCUAGUUUCUCAUUCGACUCUACCUUACCGGUUUCGCAUAUGAUAGAGAAUGUAAUCUACCGUUGCAACUCCUCUGGAGAGCUAAUGUGGUUUGACUCUAAGAGUAAGGGUAGAGAGUGA